UCCUGCUCAUUAGCCUGAAGCGUGUGGCAGACUUGUGUAAUCGAUCCACGUUGACGACUCAGCUUCGAUUUCGGAUCUCUACAUCCUGAUGUGAACGCGGAAAAGCUAAAAUAAACAAUUUAAUCAAGCUGUUUGUCUCCGUUUAUCUACGCAGAUCGGUGUGAAGUCCUACUGAGUAGCUAGAUUUAGGUGAUCAGAGAACGUAAACACUUUUAUUAGAAGAGGAGAAAAUAAAAUAAAAGCGGUUUUGUUUGUGUAGAAAGGCUCGGCUCGUUCUCCAAAUGUCCGCGUCCGCCGCCGCCGGCGCCUCCCCCGCUGCCUCGCCGGGCUCGCGGCUCUCCGCCCCGGCCGCGGGUAUGUCGGUGUUCCGCUGGCUGGAGGUGCUGGAGAAGGAGUUCGAUAAGGCGUUUGUGGAUGUGGAUCUGCUGCUGGGGGAGAUCGAUCCGGACCAGGCCGACAUCACGUACGAAGGCCGGCAGAAGAUGACGAGCCUGAGUUCGUGCUUUGCUCAGCUUUGCCAUAAAGCACAGACUGUCUUUCAGCUCAAUCAUAAAUUAGAGGCUCAGCUGGUGGAUCUGAAGUCGGAGCUGACGGACGUGCAGGCAGAGAAGGUCGUGGUGGAGAAGGAGGUCCAUGAGCAGCUGCUCCAGCUUCACGCUCUGCAGCUGCAGCUCCACGCCAAAGCAGGCCAGAACGUCGACUCCAGCUCCAUUAAAGACAGGAUGCCUGUUGCCUCCGUGGAGGAGAUGGAGAAGGAACUGGAGGCCAGUAAGAAGGAGAAGGUGAAGGAGGUGAAGCUGGAAGCCGAGGUGAGGAUGCUGAAAAAAGAGAACGAAGCCCUCCGCAGGCACAUCGCAGUACUGCAGGCUGAGGUGUACGGCGCCAGACUGGCAGCCAAAUACCUGGACAAGGAGCUCGCUGGGAGGGUCCAGCAGAUUCAGUUAUUAGGUCGGGACAUGAAGGGACCGGCUCACGAUAAACUGUGGAACCAGCUGGAAGCUGAGAUUCAUCUGCACCGCCACAAAACAGUCAUCCGAGCCUGCAGAGGGCGCAACGACCCAAAGAAGCCUUUGCCAUCACCCGCAGGACAUGACCCAGAAUCUCUGAAGAAGACUCAAGGAGUCGGUCCUAUCCGCAAAGUGCUUCUGUCUAAAGAGGACCACGAGGGGCUUGGGAUCUCGAUCACAGGAGGUAAAGAGCACGGCGUUCCCAUCCUGAUCUCGGAGAUCCACCCGGCCCAGCCUGCAGAGCGAUGCGGGGGGCUGCACGUGGGAGACGCCAUAUUAGCCGUCAACAACAUCAACCUGAGAGACGCCAAGCACAAGGAGGCAGUGACCAUCCUCUCUCAGCAGAGAGGAGAGAUUGAGUUUGAGGUGGUGUACGUGGCACCGGAGGUGGACUCGGAUGAUGAGAACGUGGAGUAUGAGGAUGAGAGUGGGCAUCGCUAUCGUCUCUACCUGGAUGAGCUGGAGGAGGGAAAUGGCAGUAGCCAUGGCAACGGCCCUGCUGAUUCUGCAUCACUGCAAGUUGUGGAGAAGCACCUGAUGGCGGACGGAGCCGAGAACGGAGACACGGGCAUCUCCAGCGAGAGUCCAUCUGAGGAGACGCCCUCCAAGACGGCCGAGUCUCCUCAGAACUCGUCCUGAAGAGCUGGGAGAGACGAGAGGGGCUCCGGUCCCCUCCUCACAGGGAGAAGGAGAGAGAGAAAUAAAAACUCCAGCCCUGUAUGAUACCUGUAACAUACCAAGACGUGUGUUUUGUACCGUAUGGACAUGACACAGUUUCAGAGUCCACUGGAGAUCACAUGGAGACACUGGGAGGAAACACAGAGAGGACAGCUUCUCACGUGGAAGUUGUACUCAAGCACGAUGUCUUCUGAAUUAACAUCAACUGUGGUCAGGAAAAUGGCUGAGUGUGAUGUGUAUUUACAGAGAAACAGCUCUGGAAAGGUGGAAGAGAUGGGAUGUGAUGGGUGCUUUUUUUUUUUUUUUUUUUUUUUUUUUUUUUUUUUAAAUAUCCUUUGUGUGCAGUUACUGAUCCCCAGCAGGUGAAUUAGGCCUGAGCUCUGAUGCAGUACUGGGGAAUUAAUCUAAAAUCUCUUCUUUCUGUAAAUUAAUUGGAUAUAGCAAAGAGUGGAGGUUAGCAUACCACAUAUAAUCAUUAUCUAACGUAAGGGUAAAUCCACCUCAAAUCACCAGAUUUAAAAAAAAAAUCUUCCCGACCAACCAUCUCAGAUUUGCUUCAUAUUUUCUGGAAAUAAUGUCACUAUUCCGAAUAAAAUAGUGCAGAAUUUCAAGCUUGUAUCUGCAUUAGUUUCUGAGAUAUAGAGGCUUUAAAAGGGGGCAUGGCCCUGGAAAAACCAGUGCUCCAGAAAAAGUUGCACAAGUCCAUAAAUUUUGACUUAUUCAUGCUAGAUACAUGCAGUUUUUUAGGGAUUGUUGUCUAGUAUACGCUGUCUUUAACUUGUAAUUGAAGGUACACAGUUGCAUAUUUGCCAAUUUAUGGCCUGCUAAAAAUAUAAAAAUAAAUAAGUAAAUAAAAAUAAACAGAAAUGUCCUUUGGCCCUCUAUAUCUCCACACUAAAGCACAUCAGAUCUUUGAAAUUUUCAUAUCUAUUACUCAUGUUAUAGUACUUUCUUAGCAAUUAGGUGUAUGUCUGAAAGAACUCAAACUUUCUGAUUUAUGUGGUGUUAAAAAUGGGAAAAAAAAUGUUUGCACCUUUAUUUCAAAUGUAUAUUGCCCAUGUAUGACAAGGUCUACCAUAAAAAGAAUUAUAUCACUUGUAGGAGCAUAUUUUAAUUAGCAAAAGCACAAAAUAUUGAAGGAAUCUAUAACAAUAAAGGUAUAAAAUAUGCCAUGCUUUACUACAAACAACAGGCUAUAAAUUGACAUGUAUGCAACUGUGAACCUUCUAUUUUUUAAGUUAAAGACAUCUUAUACUAGACAACAGUCUCUGUAAAUUUCAUGCAUUUAGAAUAGUUCAAGAGUAAUUUUGCUGUAGUUUUCACAGGGCCACACCCCCUUUUUUAAAGCCUCUAUAUCUCAGAAACUAAUGCAGAUGGUCAGUUGGGAAGCUUCCAGUGAUUUCACGUGGAUUGACCCAUAAAUUUUUUGUCUUUCGUACAUGUCAUUUUAGUGUCUUCCUGUUUGGAAAAAGGUGUUGUUUCCUCUUGUUAUGGGCAAAGGGUUGGUGAAAUGUUAUUAUUCAGCCUAGAACUGAGCGAUAUGUGAAAUUAAUUUACAGACUUGCUUUAUUAUCCACAUUUUUAGUUCAUUUCCAAGAACAAGAAUAGAACUGACUUUGCAGUAAGGCCCGCCUCCUUUACUUUCAUUGCCUUCCAUGCUUAACCAAUCACAGCCGUUUCUGCACUCAUGCUUGCUCUGAUUGGAUGCUAAAAGCCAGAUUAAGAAAGAGAGUUAUACAUGAGCCGUGUAGCUACAGUGAAACUGUUGACAAACGUGUGGCGUCUGGAAAAAACCUUUCACCUAGUCAGAUUUUGACAUCACGGACAUUUUAAGACCCAGAAUGAAUGAAUUACGUGUGUGUAUGUUUAGCGAUGACAUGUCCCUAUCCAGCAACUUGAUCAAAUUGUGACGUUGACUGCGUGAGGAAAUCACACUUAGCUAGCUAGGUUGCGGACAUCUUUAAACAGACUGACUGUUUUUACCACUGCGUUUGUUAAACAUAACACAACAUGAUCUUUGCAGGAAGGUAACCACAGCAAGGUUAGAAAGUAAAUAAAAAAAACUUCCGUUUUUUAUCGUUUCUUGAAGUAUAAGCAUCGAAGUAGAUUAUAAGCAGAAAAAAACACAAUUUUGGCCCAAACCAAAUUUUUCACUUUGUCCAUUUUCCAGAAUUCAGCUACAUCAGUGACAUCCAAAGGGUUUUCCCAGGCCACAACACACAUCUAUAUUUCAGGAAAUAACUUUGUUAAAAGUGCUAAAUCACAUAGUGUAAGGGUGGCGUUAUAUUUCACAGGUAACUACAUGCACACACACACAUCUACUGCUGCUGCUUGUGUAUAAUUCCUCACAUAAUAACUGGUCUGCGUACAUUAUACGCAUCUGGAGGAUUUAAAACUCUAUCAACCAGAUCCCUGCUGCAAAAAAAUAUCUUAGUGUAAAAUUAGUGUAAAUUAGUAGUAUGUAGCUAAUAUUUCUCAUGAUAUAAGUAUUAAGCCUAUUUAUAAACAUUUCUACUAAUCAUAAGCUUAAAAAUGGCAGAAAUUUCACUAUUUUACUUAAUUAGAUAUCUUUUUUUGCAGUAUGGACAGCAGGUUUCCAUGACAACUAGUAAAAUGUUAGCGAUUUCACCAGAACUUAUGCGCAUGUUUGUCACUGUAGAGAGGAGUGGAAAUAUAUGUAUAAAAAUAUGUGGAGAAAAAAAAACCCAAAUGCCUAAAAUGUCUGUUAGCUUGUUUUGAGGACUUUCCAAAAUUGUUUUGUAGCUGUAACGUGUGUCUCAAAUCACAUACUUUGACCUAAACUAUAAAUGUUCAGAUGUAGAAAAUAUUGAGGUUUGGGUAUAAGAGGGUUUGUUAAAAAUGCAUGUGAUGUAAAUGAUCUGCUGAACGUUAGUGUGUGAUUUGAGACGCAGCUCAGGUUGGUUUAGUCUGCUGCCGCUGUCGUGUUUUGAUAUACUCUCGGCAUCAUUGCGUCAUGCAGACACACAAAGCGGAGGAGUUUCUGAGGAACUAAUGAGCCAAAUGAUCGCAGAAUAUAAAUAGCAGCCAUUUUGUGUACACACAACACCCAAUAGCCUAACUGGGAAGUCACAUCACUGUGUGUGUGUGUGUGUGUGUGUGUGUAUCUUUGUGAGUCUGUCUGUCUGUCUGUCUUUCAGCUUCUGAAAUAUUUCUGCAGUAUCUGAGAAUGUGGUAUAAUAAAUUCUGGACCAUUUCUGUAUAAAAGAGAUAUUAAUGUAAAACGCACUGAGGAUGUGUGUUAUACAUGAAAAUGUAGGAGAAAUGAUGUAGGGACAGAUCCAUUUAGCUAGCUAAGUCCUUCUAUGAAUAAUGUAAACGGAGAAUGAUGGUGGAAAUGUGACAAAAUAAUAGAGAAUAUCAACAUUUACCUCAGAUGUAUUGGAAAAUUACUUAAAAAAAGACUUUGUAUGUUAUGAUUCUGAGAGUUGCCAGAACACUGCUACAUAUACUUACACUGCGUUCAGACAGGGAUUGUGUAUUCAUUGUGUUUAGAAAUAUAAAUGUGAAUAAUUUCCUAAUGUGAUAUUCAUGACUUUCUCACAGAGUUCACUGUUGGUGCUUCUCAGGUUGGAACUCGUCAGCAGUUCAGUUAGCGAUCAACACUAAAUAUAAAUGGAAUUUUAGCCAUAUAAAUUCAUUUUUUAAAUAAUUUACUAACAUAUCUGAGGUAAAUGUUGAUAUUUUCUACAAUCUUAUCUCCUUUCCUCUAUCGUUCUGCAUUUACAUUGUUCUUUAAGAAAAAGUUUGUUAUGUAUUAGCUAGCUAAAUCAAUCUCUCCAACUAUUAGCUAGCUUAUACUCCGGGGCUGUGUUUCUCAGUUGCCAAGCAACAGUGUUCGUCCAACUUUAACCUCUUGAGAACCAAUUUAUAGCACAAAAUUGAUUUCCAUUUGAACGCAUCAUUAGAGGAAUAUUGUUAUAGGAACGUAAGGUAACAAGUGGAAUCUGAUAAGAAGCAGCCUGGUUUACAAUUUUGCUUUUUUUUUUUGUUUUUUUAAAUUGUAAGAAAUGCCCAAUAGGAAAUAAGAGAUAUCACUUACUGGGAUGCAGAGGGAAAAAAACUGAGAUGUUAAAGUACCGGUAAGGUGACCUGAGAAUGUGCAAUAUGUGUGUGUGACUUGAGGUGAACAGGGUGCUGUUCUUCAUCCAUCACGUAACAAAUAAGUAAGUCAUGCUGUUAGAGGAAUAUAAUCAACGACUGUCACUGUGGCACUGUUGAUUAUUUUCCUCUAACAGCAUGUCCUGAAGUGUUUUAUUCCUCUUAGACCACAGCAAUUUGCUACCAAUUUGUAUUUAUUAAUGAAUGUAAUACCAUUUAAUACAUUUAAUCUGGAACAUCUUUUUUUUCCCCAAAAAAAACUUCAUUGCUGUUACCACUUACAUUAUAGUAGCUCUAAACAGUCGUAACAUCACCACCCUCUCUUUUCUCUCUCAAAGGUAAUAACAAGAAAAAAUGUCACAUAUCUGAGAAACCACAACAUGCAAAAUGCUCUAUGCUGUGACUCUGAGAGCUGUGAUGAUGUCUUCUGUGUGUAUAGCAGUAAAAUAUCAGCAAACCUAAA